GCCGCGCACACGGCAGAGCUGGUCUGCAGGAGCUCAGCACGACGCAUACCGCCAGUGGUCAUCGCGCCGCUCUCCAGGAAACUUUCCCUGAGAUCCAGGAGCACCGGGAUAGCCAGGCAUUGUACUAUUGACUGUGCUGGGAUAUUGUCGGCAGCAGUGCCUAGCAUGAGAUCCAAGGAGGCGUCCGAGCGGUCCCUGGGCACGGUGCACCUAUAGAGGGGCUGUAUGGGUGGACUUCUUGGGGGGCUUCCAGUGGAUUAUACGGACGGAUCUACAGAAUACUGACAGAGAGCGGCUCCGUAGCUGGCCAUGCACGGUGUCUGACGUGAGUGCGGCUGGAUCCUUCUGACAGUACCAGUAAGGAGACCCGACCGGCGCUCCCAUGGAAAUACACUGUAAGCACGACCCGUUUGCAGCAAUGCAUAGACACGGAGGAGUGAACCAGCUAGGGGGUGUGUUUGUAAAUGGCCGACCACUACCUGAUGUUGUUCGUCAAAGAAUUGUGGAACUUGCCCAUCAAGGUGUCCGGCCGUGCGACAUCUCAAGGCAACUACGAGUUAGCCAUGGAUGCGUCAGCAAAAUUCUUGGCAGGUAUUAUGAAACCGGAAGUAUUAAACCGGGAGUAAUUGGAGGAUCAAAACCAAAGGUUGCAACGCCCAAAGUAGUAGACAAAAUAGCAGAAUACAAGAGGCAAAAUCCCACUAUGUUUGCAUGGGAAAUCAGGGACAGGCUAUUAGCAGAGCGAGUGUGUGACAAUGACACCGUGCCCAGUGUCAGCUCCAUAAACAGGAUCAUCCGAACAAAAGUUCAGCAGCCUACAAACCAGCAAGUACCACCUUCAAACCACAGCAUAGCUUCAACUGGUUCAGUGACUCAGGUCUCCUCUGUAAGCACAGACUCAGCAGGUUCUUCUUAUUCGAUCAGUGGAAUUCUGGGAAUUACAUCAUCCAAUGCAGAAAGCAACAAACGCAAGAGAGAUGAAGGCAUUCAGGAAUCUCCCAUACCAAAUGGCCAUUCACUUCCAGGAAGAGACUUUCUUCGAAAACAAAUGCGAGGAGACCUCUUCACUCAGCAACAACUAGAAGUGUUGGAUCGGGUAUUUGAUAGGCAACAUUACACUGAUAUCUUUACAACUAGUGAACCCAUCAAACCAGAACAGCAGGUUCGUUGGCUACCACGUUUGGAACAGGUUGAGUUUUCUGGCGGCUCGACAGCUCAGUGGCGCGAUUUUCGACUCGCUCUUCAUCAUGAGCCCAACAGCCGAACCUCGACAACAGAUUACUCUACCAUGGCAUCUCUAACUGGUGGCUUGGAUGAAAUGAAAUCCAGUCUAACAAGUUCAUCUUCAGGGGAUUUAGGAGGAACUGUUCCUGGACACCAAUCAUAUCCUAUUGUAACAGGUCGUGAUUUGGCAAGCACAACCCUCCCUGGAUACCCUCCACACGUCCCCCCUGCUGGACAGGGCAGCUACUCUGCUCCAACGCUGACAGGAAUGGUGCCUGGGAGUGAUUUCUCUGGGAGCCCAUACAGCCAUCCACAGUAUUCAUCAUAUAACGAUUCAUGGAGAUUUCCCAAUCCUGGUUUACUAGGUUCUCCAUACUAUUACAGUGCAGCGAGAGGAGCAGCGCCCCCUACUGCUGCCACUGCCUAUGAUCGUCACUGACAGAAUGCAAUGGGAACAUAAGCACUUAUGACACCAUUUGUAGGAAUUGUACCAUAUUAAUUAAAUUACUAUGAUAUCUCACAAUGAAAAGAAAGAGUAUACAAGGAUAGACACACCGGACAACCCCAAUAAUUUAUUUUCCAUCCUUGUUUUCUUUCCUAGAGAUUGAUUUUAAAUUGUUUAUAUUGUUCUGUACUUCACCGAGCUUGCUGAAACGUGUAGCCUAAUGAAUAUUGGAAUGAUACGCUGAUUUGGCUACACUGGGACAGAUACAAACAAUUAACCAAUUAACUUGCUCGUAUUGUUCCUUUUAACAUGAGACUACAUGUUGUUGGCAUAAUCACAUAUACAGCACCAUUGUAAAUAUCAUGAUGGUUUGUGUAAUUUAUGAGAGUGGCUUAGCAUAUCCUGCACCAUGAUACACAGUUAUAACUUAAAGUGCUUGUUUUCUAAAAUGCUGCACUGAUUCACAGAAUUCAGUAAGCUUUAAUCCAACGUUAAACCAGGUUACCAUCCAUUAUGGCUCCAUAUGAGGCUGAUAUUCCAAUAUAUGUUUGAGGUUUAUUCCAUCAUGUGUUAAAAAUGGUACUCUAUGCGGUGCAGUGUAUGGAUCACUAUAUUAAAAGAUUUUUGGAAGAAGUGUUAAUCUGGCAUAAUUUCCUUUCCUACUAGCAAGGGUAGGACCAGAAAUGGCUGCCAGCAGGUGGUUGAGGCACAACUGAAAAUUGCAUGGCCAUGUAAGCCAUAGCCGUUUUCUUUUAGAUUGUUAAAAAUGAUUAUUGGUCAUUUGCAUAUUUUGCGGUAAACCUACAAAACCGUAUGGCCAUUGACAAUCAAUUUUGAAUGAUGUAAUAGAAAACAGCAUGGCUGCAGGCUUUUCAGGCCAGUCGUGAUCAUGUCUCAACUGCCUACUGCCUGCAAGAUUUCAUCCUACCCCAAAAGCUUUGUCAGAAAUCCGUACAGAUUUAUUACAUCCAAUUAACGUAUUUGUGCAAAGAUAUAUUUUGUAAUACAGAGAACGGUGAUCUUUUGCUAGACUACUUUAUAAAAUGUAACAUUUACCAAGCUGAACCACAGAAUUAAAUAAAUUUAUAAAAUAUCUACCCCCAUCAUGGAGCCUAAUCACCAAUAGAAGACAAUAAAGGCUGCUCAAAAUUAUUAAAAAAUACAUGGGUAGUCCGCUAGUGUCACCUCUGCAACAGUGGUAAUGAAGGUUUUGUGAGGAGCUGACUGGGUGUCUGAAUAAAAUUGCCUUCCUCUUAUGAUGACGAAGCUUGGUAGAGCUGUCACUAUACAGGGUGGAGUAACACCUACUAUAAGUGAUGAAUAGAGUUUGACAGUCCAGUUGGAGAUUUUGCUCGGUAGCUCUAAAGUUACUCCUCUACUGCUUGGUAGCCAUGCUUUGGAUAUGGAUGGAAAGGUGUAAUUCAAGACAAAAUCUAGACUUAAAUAGCAAUUCACUGUCACUUCAACAUUGGCAGUGCACGGUAUAAUAUUAAUUAUAUUGAUGCCAUUAUUUAUCACUGGCACCUUUUGCUCUAAUAUACAAGACAGGGGACUCAAAGGGAUUUCUUAUAUUUUAAAAAUUUCCAUCAUUUAUGUAAUCAUCAAUUUUAGAACAUUCAAUUCUCUAUUAAAAGAGUUGUUUGAAGUAAUUCAAAGUCUCAGACAAGCCCUACAAUUGCUUAAAGUAAAAGCUGCGGUGGGAAAGUGUGAUGUACAGGUGUACUGUACAUCACCACUGCAGCGCAUCACGGUCCUCAGCAGUAAACCAUUGAGGACAGUGGUUGGCUGCAGCGGCCACGUGCCAUAUAUUGGCAUGUCCCUGCUGCAUUUUCUAAACAAACAGCAAACCAGCACCGCCGAGGAGGUCGUUGGAGAGAGGGAUGAGUAUACCAUGAUUUUUUUGUUUCAUUUUAAGCAAUUGUAGGGCUUGUCCAAGUAUGUACAUAUAUAUAUAUAUAUAUAUAUAUAUAUAUAUGGUUAGAGCUAUAAUGUUGCUUAAUCCAUUACUUACAUCAUGAAAAGUGCAUCUCGUUGAGCAGUAAUUCCUGUGAAAGCUCUGCAGUAUGGGAUUUUUGUUCCACUUUACCCAUAUUGUAAAAUCACUGCUUGCUCUUCCAUUGUGUAUGGUACCUAGUUACAUUAUAUAAUGAAUUUGCAAAUAGAGACAAAACGCCACACAAUGCAUUUAGUUCGCUAACACGGGAGGUCAAAUCCCUCAGCUCCUAUCUAUUUAUAUGUAGAUAAAAAGAGGCAUGGAAUGGAUUUAAAUGGAUAAUUUAUUUUAUGGAACUGCUUCCCAUACAGAGUGUGGGUGAAGACCCCAGAGAUAUUUGAUUUUUGAGCAGGAGAAAGCUCUAUUACACUGCCACAUACAAACUUGGUCUCAGAUGAAGAAGAUUGUUUGUUUUACUAAAGCAUUUAUAGGAAGCCCUCUACUGUAUUUACCUGUUCUUUCAUGACUUGGAUGUCAAAUGGAUAUGAAAAUCUAACAUUACCAUAUUUCAGUUUAUGAUAUAGGAGAAACCAGUCAAAUUCAGAUGCCCAAGAAACCAAUAUGUAAAAUGUGCCCAGUCAUGCUGCAAUAUACUCCCCAGGUGAAGCAUGAGACAUACCCUUGGGCUACUGUAUAUAUUUUCCAGCGCCUUUAUUUCAGGCCUCAUGCACACGAGGAUCCGCAAAAACGGAUCCGCAAAAAAUACGAAUGACA